AUUAGUGUUUUGUUUGUUUUUGCUGGAAUAAACAACCGCCUUUAUCGAAACAGAUUGUUGAUCGUUUUACAUUGACCUAGCGAAAGUAUAAAACAAAAUCAAAAUUCCAUUAAUAUGGCCGCCCGAGUCGACUUGAAUGAAAUCAAAAAUAUUCCGGAGGAUGAAUUCAAACAGAAUUUAAUCGAAUGGGUCGAACAGCAAGACAUUUCAAAGGAACUGCAGUCGAAACUCAGAUCGGAUUUAAUUACAAAUUUCGGAAAGACAGCAUUGGGUCGUCAAAUUGCCGUCCAAUACCAACAAUCACAACGAAUGGUUCUAUCGUCGAUGGUUUUAGUAUUGAAUACACUAGUAGCCGAAUUUUUGUACGACCAGAAUUGCCACUUCUCAUUGUCCGUAUUCAGUUCCGAAGUGCCUUAUAAGAAUGUUCUUCCAGACUUUGAAAAAACUAGAAAAUUUCGUUUCGAUUCGGCCGAGUUGAAUGAUAUAAUGAAGGCGUUAGCUUUGGAUCGUUCAGAUCACAAAACCGAAAUUCUUCAAAUGUACAAACAACCGCAAGAAAGGGAUGGAACACUAGCCGACUCAUCACUGCUAUUCUGCAUCAUAAAAACAUUGAGCCAAACGAUUCCCGUAAAUAGUCAACCCAGUAAACCACAAAAUGAUGCAAAUUUACUGCCGCAAUCACAGGAAGGAGAUAACAGUUGUCAUCAUUGCAAGAACAAUCCAAAGAAGUCAAAGAUGGAUGAACUGAAUUCGAAGUAUUACAAGCAUUUUUACAAAUAUCUCGAACUGUUAUCGCAGCAUCUAGUUGAAAUUUCUGAGAACACCAAAAAGUUCAAGGAGCCAGCCAAAUCAGAUGACCAGCAGUCGAGGAGUUCAUUGAAAAUCUGUGAACUGAAUAAACGACUGGACAAAAUAACUGAAAGUCUGACAAACUUAUCGAAAUCGAAUCGGAAGGGCAGAAAAGUAACCGAGAUGGUCAAGAGUAUAACUCGUCUAACCAAUGAAGUUGAAUGGUGUUCCAGAAAUGUGGCACAGUAUUCCAAAAUCAAUCAACAAACAUCGCAGAAUGCUGCUGAAAGUGCCAAAUCGCCGACUAGAAAUUACACCGAAUGGUUGAAUCAAGUGACGGAGUCUGCUUUCGGUCAACGAUUUGUUAAAAAUUUGGAACUCGCACAAGAAAAAGCUAUUGCCAACGAAGUCCGCAGGAUCAAAGAGUAUUUCAACGAAAAAUACGAAACCACUCGAAAGUUGAUAAAGUUCCAUUACAAGCAAAAAACGUUCGAAAAAUUUCGCCAAACAAUGCUGCGUUCACCGGUAAUGCAAAGCCGACGAGACGAUUUUAACGAAUUGAUUGACGAGAAGCUACGACUGUUGAAAGAAAAGGAAAAUCAUUGGAAACAAAAUCUGGUGCGUGCCUCUACACAGACUAUGACUAGCGAUGAGAUGGUGCUCAAUCCAUCGGUUUCAAACAAUAUUCAAACUGGCAAUAACCGCGUGCCUGUGGGAAAUACAAACGAGACAACUCUGCCAUCGAGCAGCCCUAAAAUAAUACCCAAAGCCAAAACUGUGAAUAACAUUAACAAAACAAUUGAACUCUUAAAUGAACCGCCUCGUCCAGUCGAACCAGCUAUCGACAAUAUGGUACAAGUUACAAAAAAUCGCUUACAUGAACUGGAGAUCGAGAGCGAACAAUUGGACAAGUCGUUCCACAAGUACCUGAAAAAACAAAACGAAGAAAAACAAUUUCUCACCGAUGAUAUAGACAACGUGUGGCAGCAGUACGAACGAACUAGGAGCGAUAUGAUGAAAACUUUCAUUGUACCUGACAGGUCAAGAAAGAAUGUGACAACAAGUAUCCAAUGCCAUGAAAAUCUAACUCUCACCGAUCCAAUUGUCGCCAAUGAACCAAUAGCCGUACCUCGAAAUAUCAGCGGAACCAGUCAGUUCAAGAAUCCCUACAAGAUAUUGCACUCCAAUUUGAUAACGACGGGAGCAUUAAAUGAUAACAGUAAGAAGCAAAAUGCGAACUCCGCGAUUCCUUCGAUAAUAGUGCAGGAGAAGGAGUACGCCACAUCGGCUGAUAAAAUCAGUCAAAUUCCAGUUCCGAUGCAAAUCACGUCCAUUCCAAAGAAAUCAAAGGAAAAUGAAACCAAAACUCGUCUACGAAUAUCCACUAGCAACGGAGAUGCCCAGUCCGUUUCAAACUCACGUGAUACUUCGCCUGUAAUAAGCUCGAAAAAGGCUGAAUCGUUUGAAGUCGGACAGUCGCAACAAUCCGAUACAUCAAUUAGGACGAAAGGUUCAGAAAUUGUCAUCAAUUCGCCGGUAUCUAUUCCUUCCGAGACAAUAGGAAAUAAAUUUGAGAAUGCGCUAACUCAAUUGUCCAGCAUUGAAAAGGUAGAAGUUAUCGAGAAAAGUAACGCAAUUAUUGAACGUAGUGCGGCAGACGCUGUAAUCGCAGAACGUACCAAAGAUGUUUCUUCAUUGUUCGAGAAAAUGGAAAUAGAAAAUGCGUCGAAGAGAUCCACGUCAUCGGAGAGCUCCGUUGGAAGGAAAAUAUCAACUGGCCAUAAGAGCUCGUCGUCGUCAGAUGAGUUUUGGAAGUAAGAAUUGAACAAGUAAUUUUCUAAGUUCCUAAUGUCGCUUAUUUAUUUAGUCCAAUUUGUUCCACACAUUUAUAUCGUGUGAUGUGUGGAACCAAGUAGACUAAUAAAAAUAAGAGAUCGAUGACACAGCCAGAGCCGGAUUAACCCAUGGGCAAAGUGGGCCCGGCCCAGGGCGCUGGGAAAAUAGGGGCGCUUAGAAAUUAAAUUUUCUCGACAAUUUCACGUUCAACAUAAGUCAUGCACAAAUCAACGUCGAUUUAAAAAAAAAUCGCGCUCGCUUCGCUUGUGUCUGUACAUUACAUUCUUGGGGUAAAUGUGAGCUACAAGAAAUGCAUAUAUACAUCUAACUUGAUAUUUUUGAAUAAUACACGCACAUCGACUAACCCAAGGCUGUUCGUAUUUGGUUAUUUAAA